AUGACAGGCCAAACGCCACCCAUCCGAAUAGCCAUUCUUACAGUCAGCGACACUGCUUCCGUCAAUCCCACCUUUGACGCCUCUGGUCCCGCUAUCAAACAUUUUCUCUCCCAGCCACCCUAUGCUACCUCAUGUCUCGUCCUCGAAGACUUUAUCCAGAUCGUCCCUGACGAGCUCGCAGAAAUACAAAACAUCAUCGAGCCAUGGUGCGCGUCCAACUCUGUCGACUGGAUCAUCACCACUGGCGGCACAGGCUUUGGGCGGAGGGACGUCACUCCAGAGGCGAUAUCCCCGCUCCUAACCCGCCCCGCACCAGGCCUCGUCCACCUCCUCCUCGCAUCCUCCCUCACACACACCCCGCUCGGCGCACUCUCCCGCCCCGUCGCAGGCACCAUCGCCAACACCCUCGUCACCACCCUUCCAGGCAGCGUCAAAGCCGUCAAAGAGGGCCUCGCCGCGCUCCUCCAAGAUGGCGUCGUGCUGCACGCGAUUGACCUUGUACGCGGCGGGACGGGGCGGGAGGUGCACGCCAAGCUCGCUGCGGCUGCGGCUGUAGAUGCAGGUGCAGGUGCAAGUGCAAGCGCAGGUGGAGAGGCAGAUGCAGAUGCAGGCGCGGGCUCGGGCACACGCGAAGUCUUACCCCGAGGAAACGUGCUAGCUGCAAAUGACCAAGAGCAAGAGCAGGAGCAGGAGCAUGGUCAUGAUCACACCACUCCCACAGCCGGAGCUCUGGAUCUGUAUCAGGAUCAGGAGGCAGCCACCACCACCACCAUCAUCAUCAUCAUGGCCACCACACACCAUCGCCCCGAUCUGAUACUGCGCUAUCGCGCGAUCCCACUUUAUCUGGUACUAUCCGCGCGCCACAGAAAAUCGCCCUUCCCGAUGAUAUCCCUCGAAGCGGCGCUCGCGGCUAUUGAGAAGCAUGUGCGUGUGUUGGAUGUUGUUGUUCGGAAGGUCGACCACACCCUCGCGGGGUACAUCCUAGCAGAAGACGUCUUCGCGCCGCACGAUGUCCCGCUCCGUCCAACGACGAGUGUGGAUGGGUACGCUGUUUCGUCGACGUUUCCGCCCGGGACGUAUCCCGUUCUCACAUCCUACUCAUCCUCAUCUUCGCAUUCGCAUUCGACAUCGAACGGGACCGGCAAUGGAGGCAGGUCCAGCUCGGAAACGAGACCGUACAUCUACCGCAUCAACACCGGCGCGCCUCUCCCCCUCCCUCCCACAAACCAAAACCACGGAACCACAUACACAUACGACAGCGUGAUAAUGGUCGAAGACACCGAGCUCGUCUCAACACACAAACCCUCUCCAACCUCAUCAGCGGAAGAAGCGGAGGUGCGCACGUUGGUGCAGGUGCGGGCUGGGGAGAAUGUGAGGGUGCCUGGGUCGGAUGUGCGCAGGGGGGAGAGGGUUGCGAGUAGGGGUCAGAGAGUUGGGGGAGGUGGGGGGGAGGUGGGGACGUUGGUGGGUGUUGGGAAGAGGGAGGUGAAAGUGUACAAGAAACCCGUCGUCGCGCUUCUCAGCACGGGCAAUGAGCUCGUGGAUCUACAUUCCUCCUCCUCUGCCUCCUCUGGGUCUUCCUCUGCCGAUGCAGAUGGAAAUGGAAAUGAGAAUUGGGGCGGGAUAUACGAUACCAACCGGCCGAGUCUCAGAGCUGUCCUUGAGGGCUUUGGGUACGAGGUGAUAGAUCUUGGGAUUGUACCUGACGACAUAACCGCACACACCGAGACACUCCGCGCAGCACUCGACCGCGCCGAUCUGGUGCUGACGACGGGCGGGACGUCGAUGGGACCGACGGACCUGCUGAAGCCUGUCAUUGAGCGGUAUCUGCAUGGUACGGUGCAUUUUGGGCGCGUGGCGGUUAAACCGGGGAAGCCGACGACGUUUGCGAGUGUGCCUGUUGAGGUUGCUGUUGUUGGUGAUGAUGAGGGUGAUGAUGAGGGUGAGGGUGCGGGUGAUGCUGAGGGUGAAGAGUCUGCGUCUGCAUCUGCGUCUGCGGGUGAAGGAGGAGGAGGAGAAGGAGUGAGGGGGAAUAAGAGGACAAAGACGAAGACGAAGACGGUGUAUAAGCCUGUGUUUGCGCUGCCGGGAAAUCCUGCGUCGGCGCUUGUGACGUUUUAUGUGUUUGUGCUGCCUGCGCUGCGCCAGAUGGGAGGGUGGCCCGAGAAGGAGCGGCAGUUGCCUCGCGUCAUGGUCCAGAUCCAAGACGCAAUGCAACUCGACCCGCGCGUCGAAUUCCACCGCGUGACUAUAAAAAGCAACGGGUCAAGCACGGUGCUCAAGGCGUAUAGCACGGGCGGGCAGCGCUCGAGCCGCGUCGCGAGUUUGGCUGGGGCGAAUGGGUUCGUGGUGCUUCCUGCGCUGGAUUUGCCCCAUGGUCAUGGUCAUGGACACGGGCAGGGUGGGUUUGGAUCUGGGUUUGGGCUGGGAGAGUUGGGCGAUAAGGAUCUGAGCUCGGGCGCGGGUGUGCAGACGCGCUUGGAGGUUGGGGAGUAUGCCCAGGCGAUCUUGAUUGGGCCUGUUGAGAUGGUGUAA